GACACCGCCUCUCCUUGGCCUUCUUUUAUCAAGCAGUGUUGUUGAAUUUCAAGGUGUAUGCAAUUAAAAAAAAAAACUAACUGUAAAACGAGUUAUUACUGUAAAGUUGUGUUUUGUCGUGAAAUCUCACAUUUCGUUUAAUCUUACUUGCUAUCACUUGGACGAUAUUCACGAAUUCAGACUGACAAGCGGUUAAGAUAAACGAGGCUAGGCGUUGUGGCUAGCUCCGGUGAAGAAUGGAUCUAUUUGGCGACCUACCCGAACCCACUCAGACCGGUCCUGGCACGACUGCCGUUCCCAACUCGCCGCGACCCUCCAAAGGCCUGGUUUCCGCCGAGGACGAUGAGAAGAAGAGUGUCAAACGAAAACGAGAGGAAGCAAAAUGUGAUGUGCCGCGGAAAGAGGAGGAGGAGAUCAAGAAAGUUUGUAGAGAAGGCCUCCCCGUGCUGCGAGGCUACGUGGCUGCGAGGCGCGGCGAACGUGAGGAAAUGCAGGACGCUCAUGUUCUACUUCCCGACAUGCGUGACUGCCUGUCAACACUUCCUGCUCAAAUAUCUGGGGCGUCGUAUUUCGCAGUGUUUGACGGCCACGGCGGCGCUCGAGCGUCUCGUUUCGCGGCCGAGCAUCUUCAUCACAUUCUGGCCAAGAAGUUUCCCACAGGUGAAAGUGAGAACCUGGAUAAGCUGAUUAAAAAAUGCUUGGUGGACACUUUCCGCCAAACGGAUGAGGACUUCCUGAAGAAAGCGUCCAGCCAGAAGCCGGCGUGGAAGGAUGGGUCCACGGCGACCUGCGUGCUGGUGUUGGAUGACAUGGUGUACGUGGCCAAUCUGGGAGACAGCAAGGCGGUGUUGUGUCGCAUGGAGGAGGACGUAGAAGCCCCGGAGGGACGGCGGCAGAGGCCGACCACGCUGGCGCUCAGUCGGGAACACAACCCCACCAUCUACGAGGAGAGGAUGCGGAUCCAGAGGGCAGGAGGAACUGUCAGGGAGGGGCGGGUGCUAGGCGUCCUAGAGGUGUCGCGCUCCAUCGGAGACGGCCAGUAUAAGCGAUGCGGCGUCAUUUCCUCCCCAGACCUGAGGAGGUGUCAAUUGACAGCCAAUGACAGGUUCAUCGUCCUGGCCUGUGACGGCUUGUUUAAAGUGUUUUCAGCAGAUGAAGCUGUGCGAUUUGUCCUCGAUGUCCUUCAGGAUUGUAAGUUGACAGAGAAGGAGGCGCAGUUUGAGGCGGCCUGCCAACAGCUGGCCAGCGAGGCGGUCAGAAGGGGCUGCGCUGACAACGUCACAGUCAUCUUGGUUUCUAUUGACUUCUGAAUACACACAUACAUGCAUUGAAUUUAUUUUCCAAUAAAAUACUUGACUUCUUUUAAAGUCUGUUGUGUGUAUUACUCUUGUACUAUAUAAAUGAGUAAUAAAGCACACGAGAUGCCUCAUUCAGUGUGCUACCUUAUGCGCAUUACUUAUUACUUACUGUUCCAAGAUUUCUUUUAAGAAAUUAAUAUUGUCAGAUAAUACUGAACCCAUAUCACCUCAUCCUUUAUUCAGUAUAUGUGAGAUUUUAUAUUUGUGGUUUGCCUUAAAAGCAAUUUGUCUAAAGCAAUAUGGCGGAGCUGUUAACGGGUGAUUGUUGUUGGUGCUCAAGGCUGGUGUCGGGCAGGGCUAGUUCUGCUUAAUAAAAUGUACAUUUCAAAUUAAUCGUUAUCAUUAUAAUACUGUAGUGUUAACCAGUUAUACUAUGAAUUAAAAGGACAUUAAAGUGACAUAAACUCCCA